GGGGAGCAGAGCACAACCCGCGGGACACAAACAAGCAGGAGAAACCCCUCCCCCGCCUCCACACAAAAUCCAGCAGCUGCAAGCUCAAAAUCAUCACGCGCCCCCCCGCAGCUGGUUGCCUUUCCUUGCUCUCCUGCUCGUGGUCUCCGCGCUGCGGCUGCGCUAUUCCCUGGAUAUUUUGGAAUUAUACUUUGCAAGCCGCUCGUUCGCUUGUAGUAACGUUAGUUGGUCAAGAUGGCGACCGAGGCGCAAGGAAUCGACUACACCCUCAACAACCCCGACACCCUCACCAAGUACAAGACGGCUGCCCAGAUCUCCGAGAAGGUCUUGGCCGAGGUGUCCAAGCUCUGCGUGCCCGGCAGCAAGAUCGUCGACAUAUGCGAGAAGGGCGACAAGCUCAUCGAGGAGGAGCUUUCCAAGGUCUACCGCGGCAAGAAGGUCACCAAGGGCUUCUCCCACCCGACCACUGUUUCGCCCGCCGCGUUCGUCACUCCCUACACCCCCCUUAGGUCGGACGAGAAGGAGGCCGCGGUCGAGCUGCAGCCGGGCGAGCCCGUCAAGAUCCAGCUGGGAGCCCAGAUCGACGGCUUCGGCUCCAUUGUGUGCGACACGGUCCUGGCACGGAAGCCCGAGGAGGCGCAGGAUGUCGUCGAGGGCCGGUCAGCCGACCUGCUGCUGGCCGCCUACUAUGCCAACGAGCUCCUGCUGCGGCUGAUGCUGCCGCCCGGCCUCCUGGCCCAGGGCACCGACGAGGAGAAGGCGAAGGCGGCAGCUGCCAAGCCCCCGACCCAGGCCAAGAUCACCAGCCUUCUGGAGAAGGUUGCGCACGCCUACGAAUGCAAUCUCGUCGAGAGCACGACCUCGUGGCUCUUUGACCGGAACGAGAUCGAAGGCAAGAAGAAGAUCGUCCUCGCCCCUGGCGAGAAUACCAAGGGCGAGGGUGUCCCUGAGGUCGGCGAGGUCUGGGGCGUCGAGGUGGGCGUCAGUCUCGGGUCGGGCAAGGUGAAGCAGUUCGAGCAACGGACUACGCUCCACCGCCGCACCACCAACACGUACGCCCUCAAGCGGCCGACCUCCCGCAAGAUCCUGUCCGAGGUACAGAAGAAGUUCGGCACGUUCCCGUUCAGCUUGCGCCAGCUCGAGGAUGAGCGCGAUGCCAAGUCGGGCGUCAUUGAGUGCGUGCGCGGCAACGUCUUCCGUCAGUACGAGGUUACGGGCGAGAAGGACAACUUGCCCGUUGCCAGACUGCUCACCACCAUCGCGAUUACCAAGAAUGGCAUCACCAAGCUGGGUGCCGCGCCUGCCCUGGACUUGAGCAAGUUCAAGACUGACAAGAAGAUCGAGGACGAGGAGAUCCUCAAGAUCCUGGCGCAACCGCUGGCCCGGAACACGGGCAAGAACAAGAACAAGAAGAAGAAGAAGAAGCCCGCCAAGAAGCCGGCGAAUAAGGAGGAAGAGGAGGACGACGACGAGGAGGAGGAGGAUAGCGACGAGGAGUAGUCGAAUGGCACCGGGUGCAUGUGACUUGGAUGAAGCGGGGCCAUGUCCAGAGAAACCACCUCAAGUUCGGGAGCAUGUGCGGGGCACGAGUCUGGGGGCAUCGGGCCCCCCAACAAGCGUUGACGAGGCCGUCAGGUUCAGAGCGAUAGGGGUGGUGGAAGCGAUUACGAAGGCGAGCGAAGAUGAGCUGGGAGGAUUUUUUUUCCGCGCAGUUGCCUGCCUUGGCUUCCAUGUCGCUCCACUGCAUUACCCCCCGAAAGCAGCAUGCUAGAGGUAUCUAGGUAGUUGUGGCCUUCCGCCUGCAAGGAAAGAUAUCAAGAUCAGCUACCUAUGGUGCCUGACAUGCCCAAGUUCGCCAGCAAAGGAAGCACACCGUAGUCUUGAUAAUGCACUCCGGGUACGGCUUGCUCUUCGUGGGAAAACAAAAACUGCGUUGAGGAGUUCUGUUAUGCGAUCUCCUGGCCUCGAGGAUUGACUUGGUGCGCAGGGGGAGAACGCAGGCUGGCCAGCCAGGGAAUGAGAUCGAUUAUUCGACUACAGUGUAUUGUUCGGCAACAGCGCAGCCUAUUGACCUUUUUGACGCUCAUUUGUGGCCUAUUGUGUUCGAUCGCUCACAAUACCUGAGGUACUCCCGACUGCCCGGCUAGCAAAACAGAAGAGCGGCGAAACCCCCUGACGGCUUGUUUUCUUCACCCACCUCACGGAUUACACUCGCCAACUCCCUUUCCUCCCCUUCCGCCCCCUUCCUCCCCU